AUGAAAGUGUUAGGUCUCGAAUGGAACAGAGAAACAGAUACAUUGGCGAUACAAAAAGUGCAUUUAUCAAGUGCUCAAAGUGUUACAAAACGUUUUAUUCUGAGCAAAAUUGCAUCUGUGUUUGACCCUCUAGGUAUAUUUGCACCUGUUACGCUUAGAGGAAAACUAAUCAUUCAAACUCUGUGGAAGAAAAAGAUUGGAUGGGACCAAAAAGUUGACGGUCAAGAUCUCAUUAUGUGGCACGAAAUACAAAGAGAUCUUAGCAAAAUCAGUGGACAUGAAAUACCACGAUGUAUUGUAAGUGGAGGUGAUAACAGGAAUAUUCUUUUGUGUUUCUGUGAUGCUUCUACCAAAGCAUAUGCCACAAUUGUGUAUAUGAUGCAAAAAGGUGACUUGGAGCAACACAUAGAAUUGAUGUUUUCAAAGGCUCGACUUGCUCCAACUACUAACAUUAGUAUUCCACGACUUGAACUAAUGGCUGUACUGAUAGGGGUACGAUGUUUAACCUUUGUACAAGAUCAAAUGAAGAUGCAAAUUGAUGAAGUUCAUCUGUUCACAGAUUCUCAGUGUGCAUUAAAAUGGAUUAUGUCAACAAAAGAGCUUCCAGUGUUUGUUAAAAAUAGGGUCAAAGAAAUAAAGGAACACAAGAAUAUCAUCUUCCAUUAUGUGAAGUCUAAUGACAAUCCUGCUGAUAUAGCCAGUCGAGGUUGUUCAACAGAAGAUCUUGUGAAAAGUUAUUCAUGGUGGCAUGGUCCCGAGUGGCUUUUGCAUGACAUUUCCAAAUGGCCAGUAUUAGACCGGUUGUCUAAUACUGAAGAUGAUGAGACUAACAAACCAAAGACCAUCGAAAACGAUGAGAAAGAAAACAACAUCAGUGAAAAUUUGAGUUUUUCAGCGUUUGGAGCAAUUAACGACUGUUUUCCAACAUCUGUCCCAUUUGGGAUAAAUCCAAUGAAAUAUUCUUCAGUGACGAAAUUGUUACGUGUCACAGCAUAUGUGAGAAGAUUCAUUGGUAAAAUGAAAAAAGAAAAAUACAGUUCACAAAGUCUCACUUCAAAAGAAAUUCAAGAAGCUGAAGAUAUGUGGAUUAAACACGUGCAACAUACGAAUUUUUCUGAAGUGUAUGAAGCCCUAAUCGGAAAGAAAAAAUGCAAUCUGCAAUUGCAACUUGGUGUGUUCAUCGAUAAGAAUGGUCUUUUAAGAUGUAAAGGCCGUUUAGAGAAUGCCAGUUUAACGGAGUCUGCAAGAAAUCCGUUACUACUACCACGCGAUGACUCUUUCACAGUGUUAAUCGUAGAAAGAGAACAUAAACGUUUGUUUCAUUCAGGUGUCUCUCAAACUCUAAGUCAACUUAGACAUCGUUAUUGGAUCCCUAGUGGAAGGGCUACAGUGCGGAAAGUUCUUCGUCAGUGUUUAGUGUGUCGUCGAGUUGAAGGAGGGCGUACAAAAUGCCUCCUAUGGCUCCUUUACCUCGUUCAAGAGUUACCGAAUCCACACCAUUCAGUCAUAUUGGAUUGGACUAUCUUGGACCAUUAUAUAUAA